AUUUUAGUAAUGAUAACAACAAGGAGUAGCUCAAGAUUUUUGAAUAACAUGAAGUUAUUGAAAUUUUUUGUGUUUUUCCAAUAUGUGCCAAGGGUUGUUAGAAUCUACCCAUUGUUUACAAAAGCUACAAGGACUUCAUCCGGAAAACUUGCUGAAGCUAUAUGGCCCAGAGCUACAUUCAAUCUUCUUCUUUACAUGCUUGCUUGUCAUGUGUUUGGAGCAUUCUGGUAUUUUUUGGCCAUAGAAAGAGAGACUGUGUGCUGGAAGAAACCCUGCAUAAAUCAUCCUGGAUGUGUUGGUGGUUCUUUUUACUGUGAUGAUCCCAAUUUAGGAGACCACAAAUUUCUGAAUGAUGUUUGCCCUACAAAGACACGAAACACAACUUCAUUUGACUUUGGAAUGUUUCAUGAUGCUCUUCAGUCUGGAAUUGUGGAGGUGACAGAUUUCCCUCAGAAGUUUUUACAUUGUUUUCAUUGGGGCCUGCAAAAUCUCAGUUGCUUUGGUCAGAAUCUGCAAACGAGUAGCUAUGUCUGGGAAAACUUACUUGCAAUUUUGAUAACCGUCUCUGGCUUAAUAUUGUUUCUCUUUCUCAUUGGAAAUAUGCAGGUAUAUCUGCAAUCUAAAGCAGUAAGAUCAGAGGAGAUGAGACUAAAGACGCGAGAGAUAUGA